UAGGCAAGUUUACUCCCGCUGUUUCUCUCAUUGGCUACAUAAAGGUCCCUCCAAUUGACUGAAAUGUCGGUUCAACUUUCCCUCCCUUUUCAAAACCCUCCAAUUAUCAAAUCCACUUCGAUUUCCCUCCAUUCUUCAAAUCCAUAACUACCAAAUUUGUCUUUCCCUUUCAUAGAUUACAACAAUCUAAGUUCAAAUCCCAUCUCAAAUCUUCAAAAAAACGUACCUUCAAAACCCAAUUUUUGAUUUCUUUUCCAAAGAAAACCCCUUUUCUCUCAGUUUUUCAACACCCAUUUCGUAAAAAAGCCUAAAGAUUCAUUCUUUACCAUUAAAAUUAGCCGAUUUUCACAAAAUCUUAGCUGGGUCACCCCCAAUCAUACCCUUCAAAAACCCUAGUUUUUAACCCCAAAGUUUCAAGAAAAUCCUAUUUUUUCUCUGUUUGUUUGACAUUUCAAUGGAAACCCAUCUCGUGGAAAGCCUAAAGAUUCAACCUUUACCUGUUAAUUCAGUUGAAUUUCAAAAAACCUUAGAUGGGUCAUCCCCAAAUUCGCCGAAUCAAGCUCAGCAAAGUGAUGAAUUGGAAAAAGAUGGUGACGUUUUGGCAGAAGAAGAUUCCAGAAGAGUUGAGAAUGAAAAUGAGGAGAAUUUGGAUUUGGAUUCUAAUUGGGCUGAUUCUUGGGCCAAAGUUACUGAUUCAAGCCCAUUGGACUCGCAAUGGUCUGUUGAUACUGCUGAUUAUGGGCCUUCGUCUUCAGAAAUUAAGCCAUUGGACUCAGUUGGGCCCGAAUGGAAUUUUCAAAGAGAUGAGGAAACUAAGCCUGAAAUCUCUGAUCUGCCCUUUGAGAAUCAGACUUUUAAGCUGGGUGCUGGACUUGCUAAUUUAGGCAACACAUGCUUUCUAAAUGCGGUUUUGCAAUCUUUCAUUCACACAGUGCCUUUGCUUCAGCUCCUUACGUCGAAUGAUCAUACAUCCCCAUGUGAUAGUUACCUUAGAGGAUUCUGCGUAUUUUAUGCUUUUAGGGAGCUUAUUGAUCUUUCAUUGGCUUCUGGGGGUGGUGUUGUCUCGCCGUGGAAACUUGUUAACAAUUUAAACCAUUUUUCAUCCAGUUUUCAUAGGUUCCAACAAGAAGACGCUCAUGAAUUCCUCCAAUGUUUUCUGGAUAGACUUGAAAGCUGUUGUAAUGAUUCAGGGCCGAAAGACAGGGCAGCACCAUCGGAAAGUGACAACAUUGUGAAGCAGGCCUUUGGUGGUCGCCUUGUCAGCAAACUACGCUGUUGCAAUUGUGGUCACUGCUCCGACACUUAUGAGCCUCUAAUUGAUCUAAGUUUGGAGAUCAAGGAUGUUGACAGUUUACCCGAAGCUUUGGAGUCUUUCACAAAAAUUGAGAAAAUUGAUGAUCCAGAGAUAAAGUUUUCAUGUGAAAAAUGUAAGGAACAAGUGCCAAUCGAGAAGCAGCUUGUGCUCGAUAAGGCCCCUUCUGUCGCUGCCUUCCAUUUGAAGAGAUUUGAAAAUGAUGGUUCUUUUGUUGAGAAGGUUGACAAACAUGUUUCAUUUCCACUGGAAUUGGACUUGCUUCCUUAUACUGAUAGCAACCAAAUUGCUAAUGAAGAAAUGAAGUACGAUCUUUAUGCAGUUAUAGUGCAUAGCGGGUUUUCAUCCUGUUCAGGGCAUUAUUACAGCUUCAUUCGUUCUGCACCAGAUGAAUGGUACAAAUUUGAUGACUCAGAGGUAUUUCGGGUUCAAGAAGAUCUUGUUUUGGAAGAGGAGGCAUAUAUUAUGUUCUAUGCAAAGAGAGGCACUCCGUGGUUUUCAGAUUUUGUCGAAAUGAAAAAGCCCUUCAUAGAUCCGUCCAUAUUUAAUACUUCUCCAAAGUCUGUUCUAGAUAAUGUGGAUGCUAUCUCCAUAGCUUCUCCGCGCAUGCCAAAUAGUCUCACUUGCGAUGUCAGUGAAUCCAAUAAUGCUGCAGAUGAAGCAUCUCCUAAACCUGAUCUCGAAAAGAUUGAGGAUAGUGAAUCGAAGGAUACUGAGCAGACGUCUACUCCAGGACUAGCUGGUGCAAGGAAAUCUCUGGAUUCUCAUGUAGAUGAAGUGUUUUUACCUUCAAUGCAUGAAGAAAACUAUACUCGAGAGGUUGGUGUGACCAAAAGAAGUGCAACUCUUACUCCCAAGACACCGUCUAGAUCUCCAAGUCCAGAGAUAUACCGAGAUGAUCCCUCUGAAAACACUUACGCCAUUCCUCGUGGCCAUCUAGCAUUAGCAGAUCAGGUUUCUUGCAAGCAUCAAUCGCAGAAGGAUCAAGAGCGGGACUUGGAAAGAAAGCAGGCGUUUUCUCUGAUUAAGAAACGAAUUCCAGGGUCAAGAGGUCAACAAUUAAUGGCUGCCAUGCGUGGCUCACGCAGUGAAGGUUCCGUGAACAAGAAAAGGAGAAAACUGCAAGUAGUUUAGUUGAUGAUACUGGUUCAGCUAAUCGCCGUAGGUCCAGCUUUGGUUCUGUGUUACAUCCUGUAACGGCGGGUAGUUGCAGAUGAGUAAGUUGUAACUGGAAAAUUUGAACUGAAAGAAUAGUCUUUUUGAUUUAAAACUACAGGGGUAGUGUAUCUUGAACUGGUUAGGGUCAAAAGGGUAGCCCGGUGUGUUAAGCUCCCACUAUGCACUGGUCCAGAGAAGGGCCGAACCACAAGGGUCUAUUGAACUGGCUAGGGUAGUUUUUGGAUAUUCAGCUGUUUAGUUUUGUUAUUUAACCAUGUAUAGUACAGACUACAGAGUGAGAAUUCAUGUUUUUUUCUGAGAGUUCAGAAGAUUAACAUACAUAUAAUGAAGGAUUAGGAUUUUGUUUAUCCAGUUUU